GCAAGAGGGCCGUUGCGAGCGGUUUGCGUGCAUCCAGAUUCCUGUAGUUGGAAGGGGAUUCUUGCUUUACGGCUCUCCCUCACUCAAAAGAAAGUUGGGAAGGGAAAAAGCUGCUUUCUCCCCUCAGCGCAACUGGCUUCCCCGCGCUGGAGUUGCUGGACGAAAUUGUGAUGAAAGGAAACAUUGAACCUGCUGAGAUUUCUGAAGACAUGUGCAAAAAUUAAAGCAUUUUGAUUAUCAUGGAGAAUUACAAUGUACUAAUGGUACUUGGGGAAGGAUCAUUUGGUAGAGUCCUUUUAGUCCAGCAUAAGAGCACAAGCCAGAAAUAUGCAAUGAAAGAGAUAAGACUUCCCAAGUCUGUCCUCAAUAGAGAAAAGUCCUGGAAUGAAUCUAUUAUAUUGGCUAAAAUGAAACAUCCAAAUAUUGUGGCAUAUGCAGAAUCUUUUGAAGCUGAUGGACAUUUGCAUAUAGUGAUGGAAUAUUGUGAUGAUGGAGAUCUCAUACAAAAGAUUAAAUUUCAGAAGGGGAAAUUGUUUCCUGAAGAUAUGAUACUUAAGUGGUUUACACAGAUGUGUUUGGGUGUAAAAUAUAUUCAUGAGAAAUGUAUAUUGCACAGAGACAUCAAAUCAAAGAACAUAUUUCUCACACAAAAUGGGAAAAUAAAACUGGGAGACUUUGGAUCUGCAGUUCUUCUUAACAGCCCCAUGGCAUAUGCUUGUUCAUAUGUAGGAACCCCUUACUAUGUGCCUCCAGAAAUUUGGGAGAAUAUGCCAUACAACAAUAAAAGUGAUAUUUGGUCUCUGGGAUGUGUUUUAUAUGAGCUGUGCACCCUAAAACAUCCAUUUCAGGCUAAGAGUUGGAAACAUCUUAUACUUAAGAUAUGUAAAGGAUAUUACAAUCCACUUCCCUCACACUAUAGUUAUGAACUUCACUAUUUGAUAAAGCAGAUGUUCAAGAAGAACCCCAAGUACCGUCCAUCAGCUAGUACAAUUCUUGCAAGAAAGUGCCUGGCAAAAUGUACUGGAAAGUUUUCAUUACCAGAGGAGGAUGGAACGUAUGCAGGAAGCAAGUAUAGCUGUUCAGAAGCAGAAGCCAUCUCCAAGAGCUUCAGUGAAAUGGGACUGGGGAAAACAAGUAUGGAUCAAAAAGAACCUUAUAGACAAAAGUGGGAAAAAGGAAGAUCCAGUACAGUGAUAAAAAUUUUAGAAAAUGCACCUUUGCUUUCUUCCAGUAUUGCAACCAAGGAGGACACAGGUAGCCAUGUGAGCAAAUAUGAUGAAAAUGUCACACGUAAACAAUGGAACAAGGAACCUUCACAGACUUUGAUGAAUAUUCUUCACAGUGCUGAUGUUAGCUUAGCUUUUAAGACAUACACAAUCCACAAAGCAGCCUCAGAUGACCUACUGAGAGGACCACUUACAGGAGAGAAUGAAGCCUCUGAUGAACCAGAUGGUGAAACUUUUAUGGAGGAUGCAGAGAGACUUGAACCUAGAUCAGAUGAAGAGGAUACGGAUUUUGAAGCAGAAGAUGAUCCAGACUGGAUUUCUGAACUGCAAAAGAUGUCCAAACCAAUGGAACUAAAGCAAGGAGUACCAACAACUAAUCCAAUAUCAAUGCAAAAAUAUUGAUGAAUGAUUUCAGAGACUAGCAGAAACAUACUAAUUGACACAUAAAGAUUCCAAAUGUAUUUCUUUGAGGAGACAAAUUUAAUUUGCGUUGGGUUUUUUGAUGCAAAAAAGAUAGAGCAAUUACAUUCUUCUUAAAGGUACUAAAAUAAGCAUUCAUUAUACAAAAUUCUUUACUCAAUAUAGAAAUAUUCUGUCAAAAUCAGAAAUAUACUGUAUUAGAGGGCAGUCAAGGAUUAGCAGAGUCUGACCAAGAGCCUGACAGAGACAGCAAGGUACAGCUUUUUUGUUUUCCCUCUCUGGUAUUUCAUAUUCCCAGGCGUUUGGGACUGCUGGCCUUGAAACUUAGGGUAACCAGGCUUCAGGAAAAUUGAGUCUGGAUUUCAGAAUAAGGCAAAAUCUAGAUAGAUACUAGCAUUAGCUAGAUCUUAUCAUUUUCUUUGAUUGUGUGUUUUGCAAUAGUUAAUAAACCUGUUUAUUUCAAUUUUUCCUUAAUUCCAAGAGGGUAUCUUCUGGAACCAUGUCUUUCAUCAGCAUGACUUCAGGGUUAUUCUUCAGUCAUAUGAGCUUAAUUCAUAGUUAGGGAGAUGGUGCUUGGGGAGCCCUAUUUAUCCCAGACAGGAAACCGCAGGGGGACCUGGCCAGUUGAUCUCCAGCGGGAUAGGUGUUGGCAGCAUAACCACCAAACAAACCACCCUGCCAUUACUGUGGUGUCCAAACAGGAUUUUCACAAAGGAGUCUAGCUAGCCCUCCGUGGCUUGCUUGUGUGUGUGUGUGUGUUUAUUUAUUUCAAACAUUUAUAUAGCUGCCCAUCUUGUACCAAACUCUGGGCAGCUCACAGUUGUUAAUAAAUAAAUAAUAUAUUAUUAAAUAUGUAAUAAAAUUAGUAUAUAAUUUUAUUUAUUAAAAUUAGUAUGUAGUUUUAUUACAUAUUACAUAUUUCAUAUACAUUAGUUAUUGUACUAUAUUAAACUAUUUUAAAUUAGCUACAAAUGGUGCUGUAACAUGCUGACAGUCAAAUUUAUGUGUUAAAUUUGAUCUGAUAAGAAUCAGACUGUUGAAGACUCUUAACAUGUCUUCCCUAAACUGGAUCUCUGUUAACGUGUAGAACUUCUUUCCAUCUUAUGCAGUUUAGUGACUGGUCAUGCUGGGUAUGAAUUAUGGGAGAUAGCUUUCAGAAUUGGAAUAGAAACGUUAACUUUAGUCUACAAUAAGCCAUGAUGUCAAAAUUACAUAUGCAUAUUGUUAUGCAAAUGGGAAGGUGGUUAAAUUUGUUUGAUGUACUUAAGAAAGUUGCAUCAUGUAACUGUAUACAUGUUAUCAUUUGUCCUGCUCCCAUAGAUGCCCAUGCUUAGAAGUUGUCCCUUAGCAAUAAACCGUGUGGUAUAAGUCUGAAAA